AUGAAAAAAUUGCCAAUGCAUGCAGCCCUCAAACCAUUAGCUUGGAUAAAAGGUAUAUGGAAAACUAAAAAUCCUGGAGUUGGUAAAUAUCCAACAAUUAAAUCCUUUCAGUACUGUGAAAGGACAACAUUUGGAUCUAUUGGUCAACCAAUGUUGACUUAUAGUGCAAGAAGCUGGUAUGCUGAUACAAAAGAUCCCAUACACUAUGAAGUUGGGUUUUUGAAAAUAAUGCCUGAUACAAACAGAGUUCAAAUGCUUUUAUCUCAUAAUCGUGGAUUCACAACAAUAGAAGAAGGAGUAUUUGAAAAUAAAAUCAUUAAAUUAAAAACUAUUUAUAUAGGAAAACCUACAGAAGGCACAAGACCACCUGCAAUAACUGAGCUUCGUAGACAAUUUGAACUAGUUGGAGAUUGUCUACAACAUACAUUAUGUAUGGCUACAGAAAACACACCAGAAGUACAAGAACAUUUGCUUGCAACUUAUGUUAGGGAAUGCAAUUAA